AUGUGGGCCUCACGUCUCCUGAAGCCCUCCUGGCUCCCUGCGCGUCUGAACCGAGCGCGAGCGACUCUGGCCAAAGAUCAGAAACUUGAGCUUGGGAAAGAUGAGCUACGACCGCUGUAUAUGGACUUCCAGGCUACAACUCCCAUGGACCCUCGUGUGCUCGAUGCCAUGUUGCCGUAUCAGGUGAACUUCUAUGGAAACCCUCAUUCCAGAACCCACGCAUACGGCUGGGAGAGCGAGAGCGCCAUGGAGAGGGGGCGCAAGCAGGUGGCAGACCUGAUCGGAGCUGAUCCCAGAGAGAUUGUGUUCACCUCCGGAGCCACAGAGUCAAACAACACAGCUGUCAAGGGCGUGGCUCGCUUCUACGGUCAGCGGAAGCGUCAUGUGAUCACCACACAGACAGAACACAAGUGUGUGCUGGACUCCUGCAGGGUCCUAGAGUCCGAGGGUUUCGACGUCACCUAUCUGCCAGUGAUGAGCAAUGGACUGGUGGACCUGGAGCUCCUGGAGAAGUCUAUUCGCUCGGACACGUCUCUCGUCUCCAUCAUGACGAUCAACAACGAGAUCGGAGUCAAGCAGCCAAUUGGAGACAUUGGUCGCCUCUGCCGGUCACGGGGAGUGUUCUUCCACACAGAUGCGGCUCAGGCUGUGGGGAAAAUCCCUCUGAAUGUCACCGACCUGAACAUCGACCUGAUGUCCAUCAGCGGACAUAAGAUCUACGGCCCCAAAGGUGUGGGAGCUCUCUUCGUCCGCAGAAGACCUCGUGUUCGUCUGGAGCCUCUGCAGAGUGGGGGAGGGCAGGAAAGGGGCCUUCGCUCGGGGACUGUGCCCACUCCCCUUGCUGUGGGACUGGGGGAGGCCUGUCGGGUGGCCCAGGAAGAGAUGGAGUAUGACCACCAGAGGGUGUCGGCGCUUGCUCACAGAUUGAUUCAGACAAUCACCUCCCAGAUCUCAGAUGUUAUUCUGAAUGGAGACGCCAUUCAUAGAUACCCAGGAUGUGUGAACCUGUCUUUUGCCUACGUGGAGGGAGAGUCUCUGCUGAUGGCGCUGAAGGACGUGGCUCUGUCCUCUGGAAGUGCUUGUACAUCUGCGUCUCUGGAGCCGUCGUACGUCCUGAGAGCAAUUGGAGCCGAUGAGGACCUGGCCCACUCCUCUAUCAGGUUUGGCCUCGGUCGCUUCACUACGGAGGAGGAGGUGGACUACACGGCUCAGAAGUGUGUGCAGCAUGUGCUGAGGCUCCGAGAGAUGAGUCCUCUGUGGGAGAUGGUUCAGGAUGGAAUUGACAUCAAAAGCAUCAAGUGGACGCAGCACUAG